AACUCCCAGUGCGGUGCCACACCGGAUGUGAAUCAUAACACGGAUCUACCAGGGCUAGUGCCUAGUGGUUAGUUUGCCUUGAAACAAAACAAGGAGGGAGAAGGAGAGAUUACUUCCCUGCAACAAAUAGUUAUAGCUAUGGCGGCAGGCCUUUCUGGUGUUAUCAAGUGUGUUAUAUUUGCCAUCCUGAUCCCGAUCGUGUCUGCCGGAGACAAUGAUUGCAAAUCCUACUAUGACUACCGUCAGAACUACCACCCAGAAGAGACAUGCCCGGUGUUUUGUUGUGGAUCCUGUAUCGAAAAAUAUUGUUGUCGAGACUCCUUCUUGCAAUUCACAGAAGAUGGGCAGGAGGCCUGCAUUGAUCAUCGUUCCAGUAGUCCCAUAACCAUCGGCUCCUCGGUUACGGUUGCAGUCAUCGGCAUUCUGAUCAUCAUAUCCUGCUGUGUCUGUCCCUGCUGCUGCCUCUACAAGAUCUGCCGCAAGCCACGGCCGGUUAUAGCCACCACCACACACACCACAGUGGUCACACACACACCUCAACAUUACCCUCAGCAGCCAACAGCAUCCCCUGGGAUUCAGGGGCCAUCCUACCAGGGGGGCCAGGUCCCAGGCUACCAGUCCAUCCCUGUCCAGCCUGGUUACGGUGCACAGCCCAUGCCUCAGCAAUACGGUGCUCAGCCCAUGCCCCAAGCCUACGGUGGUCAGCCCAUGCCCCAAGCCUACGGUGGUCAGCCCAUGCCCCCAACACCCUACCCAGCAUAUACACCUGGACCCCCUCCAGCCUACCAGGAAGCCAUGGGCCCGAGUUACGGCCCGUCUCCGAUGGCCUACAGCCAGGCUGCCUUCACACCAGGACAGCCCUCCUACCCUCUCCAACCUUCCGGCCAGCCCCACGCCCAGGCCAUUGCGCCGCCCCCACCAGCGGACCAUGGCCAGCCCGCCUACAACCCGGCUUAUGCUCAGCCUCCGCCCAAGACUGGAUAUUAAGCGAGCACCUGAGCCAUAUUGCGUUGCCUUUUCAUGCUUUUCUUCUACGUAGUUUAUUUGUUUGAUGUUUUUUUAUUGUUCUUGAGUUGUUGCUGUGUUUUAUGAGGGUUGAGAUGCUGGGCUUUAAUGGCACUUUAUAUUUCUGUGUGCAUCGUUAGCGUUAAGGUGUUUUAGGUUAGGUCAAAUAAAAAUAAACUUGUUUGUGGAGGAUAUAUUGUUCCAUAUUUAACCACUUCUUCAGUAUGUAUGCGUGUUUAUCCAGCAUCAGAGACCUAAGAUACAUGUUAUGGAACAAGGGGUGGGUUACGGUUGGAGGGUUACUGAUUAGCCAGAGAACAUAUGGAUGGAACCCAGUACCCCGGCUUGAUUCAAAUAGCCUAACCAUUGGACCAUCAUGCCUUCAUUUUUUGUUCAAAACAGGAUUACAGCCUUUUUUUUUCCAUGGACUGAUAGCGGUCUCUAGGUUGUCAAAAUCAGAACUUGCAUCAUGUUACAGCAAUCCUAAGGCAGGGUACCUCUGUGUUUUCGAAUGUCAGUGUGCUCAGGAAACGCAUCCUUUAAUCCUUAUGAACAGGCCUUACCGUAGGAUCUAACAUUUAUCAGGUGUAAUGUCAGUCAUCCCUCCCCCUCAGUGAUUGAUAAUCCUCUCUCCUGCACCAUAAGUAAUGACUUUGGCUAGUGAUACUGAAAUAUCCCCAUUGUCAAUUAAAGACGGCAGCGCUCGCUUUACGAUGUGCUAGCUGGAGGCAGACAUGGAUGUUCUGGGAUUCAAUAAUAUUGGCAAAAUGGUUCUUAAACUACUUUCCUUUUACAGCUGUGUUUCAACUUGUAACAUGUAAAGGAAACUGCUGAGAUUAAACGCGCCUAAAGCCUCAUUGUGUUGUACAAUA